CAUAAUUAGGCUCUCAAGAGGAUCAAAUAACGUUAUCAAUUUGUGCAGAAUCCUUUCACAUUUUUACUAAAUAGUCACCAUUAAUAGUCAAUGGAUUAUUGUUAAUGCUCUUAUCAAUUCUUCCAAUUAUUUCAUUUUUCGAACUAUGCCGAAUUUACCACCAGUGCUUGGAAAAUUGAAUCAAUUUCUACACCUUCAUUGGAAAAUAAUUCUGAUUGUGGUAACAUUUGAACUUGUUAUUAUAAUUGGAACUGCUUAUUUCACAUAUGUUCUUUCAAGUCAUGCGGCUUGUGAAACAGAUAAAUUCACAAGUUCUGCUAUUCAAACUAGUACGGUAUCCACCUUUAAAGAAACCACGACCACUUCAGACAUUUCUGCUACAACAAGACCGGUGACAACUUCCAGCACACAAGCACCUCCAAACAACCUUACUUGCUCUGUCGGUUUCCUCUUGAUCAAUGGUAAAUGUUGGCAGUUACUAACUUGGGGGGACUAUCGAUCAAAUGUUGACUACGAUUGUUGGGGAAAAGGAGGUUCGACACUUCUUACAAUCAGAAAUCAGCAGGAAAAUGAUGCACUUGUUAAUUUCGUUUCCGAUAUCUAUUAUGAGAAUUUUUGGUUGGGAUUAGUAUGUAAAGGAAAUACUACUUCCUCGUGUAUUUGGGAUAAGUUCAGUGGAACCGCAGAGGGCUAUGAUAACUUUGCACCCGGUCAUCCCAACGUGACCAUUGGGGAGUGCGUUACCAUUAACACUAGAGGGUCCAGAGUUGGACAAUGGGAAAGUUGUUCGUGUAAUGUGUACAUGUAUUUCGUGUGUGAACUGCCUCCAACUAUUAAUGACAACAAUUGCUAUAACAAUUACAACAACCAUUGCUACCUACGCUACGAUAAGGAUAAGGCGUACAGCAUUGCUGAUGCUCAAAAGUUCUGCAAAACGAAGUGUGCCAACGUUGUUUCAAUCAAUUCGGCCAACGAAAAUCGUUACGUACAAUCCAUAUACUAUAUUAAAGAUGGAUAUAUUACACUUGGUGCAGCGGUUCUAGACCGCGACGACAUUUAUUGGCUUGACGGCUCAACCUCAACGUACAAUAACAUUCGAAACUAUAACAAUGGAACAUGUGCAGAAAUGCUUCUUUCAUGGGAUACUGGUUAUUGGACCACCACCGAAUGCUCCAGUAAUGGCUGGUUUCUGUGCAAACGGCCUGCAGGAAUUGAGUGUCUGAACUAAAUGAUGUUUUGAGAAUAAAUAUUCUGUGUUCGGCUUACUAUGAAAGGGUUCUGAAG